AUGUUCCAAGUUCACUUAGACUUCUCCCAGGUCGGGCAAGCCAGACCGCCGGUGCCGUCUCCGUCGCUGGUGCCGCAGCCGACGCUGCCAGCUGUGGCGUCUGCUGCUGCUGCCCUUCAUCCCUAUCCUCGCGCUAAUCGUGCAGACUACGCUAUCACUGAGGAACAGCGGUCACCAGCGGUGGAAGUGAAAUGCCACAGCCGCCGCUGCCAGCUGUGGCGUCUGCUGCUGCUGCCCUUCAUCCCGAUCCUCGCGCUGAUCGUGCAGACUACGCUAUCACUGAGGAACAGCGUGACCAAUGGGAGGGAAGUUGCUGAUGUUGAGGAGCAAUUUCUGCAUAGUGUAAGGUUGCCAGGGUUACCAGCGGUGGAAGUGAAAUGCCACAGCCGCCGCUGCCAGCUGUGGCGUCUGCUGCUGCUGCCCUUCAUCCCAAUCCUCGCGCUGAUCGUGCAGACUACGCUAUCACUGAGGAACAGCGUCACUAAUGGGAGGGAAGUUGCUGAUGUUGAGGAGCAAUGUAAGGUUUCCAGGGUCACCAGCCGUGAAGUGAAAUGCCACAGCCGCCGCUGCCAGCUGUGGCGUCUGUUGCUGCUGCCCUUCAUCCCGAUCCUCGCGCUGAUCGUGCAGACUACGCUAUCACUGAGGAACAGCGUCACUAAUGGGAGGGAAGUUUCUGAUGUUGAGGAACAAUGUAAGGUUUCCAGGGUCACCAGCCGUGAAGUAAAAUGCCACAGCCGCCGCUGCCAGCUGUGGCGUCUGUUGCUGCUGCCCUUCAUCCCGAUCCUCGCGCUGAUCGUGCAGACUACGCUAUCACUGAGGAACAGCGUCACUAAUGGGAGGGAAGUUUCUGAUGUUGAGGAACAAUUUCUGCAUAGUAUAAGGUCGCCAGGGUCACCAGCGGUGGAAGUGAAAUGCCACAGCCGCCGCUGCCAGCUGUGGCGUCUGCUGCUGCUGCCCUUCAUCCCAAUCCUCGCGCUGAUCGUGCAGACUACGCUAUCACUGAGGAACAGCGUUACUAAUGGGAGGGAAGUUGCUAAAGUUGAGGAGCAAGUAAGCAGAGCCACAGAACUGGGCAAGCUUGUGACGAGGCUGCAGCAGGAGCGGUCAGAAGUAGCCUUCUUUAUUUUCACCAAUGGCAGUACGUUAAGAUCAAACUUAUCAAUGCGUUUCACUAUGACUGAUAACGCGCUGCUCCAGAUGGGGGAUCUCCCGCUGCUAGCUUUCAAAAACAGACGCAAACCAGUCGACGAGGAGACGUUUAGAACAGAACUGGGAGAGCUCAGGGACAGCAUAUACACAGAGAAGUCCAUGAAUAUGACGGACGUAGUGGAGUGGUACACAAACGCUAACGCAGCGCUGCUCAACCAUCUCACUAAAGAAAUUAAGGACACAGAUAGCAGUACUAUUUGGAGGUAUCUUGUAGGCUUCAAGAACAUCCUUCGGAGCAUAGAAUGCAAAGGCAUCGCGUCCGUCCUUGGUAUCAAUUACUUUGGCCGCGGUACAUUGCAACCGAGAGCACACGAAAGAUUCAUAGCACACCUGGUCCUCGGAAGAGAUUUGCUAGACAAUACUUUGAACUACGUGCCUUCGCUCAUUCCACUGCAUGUGGACAUCAAAGAAGAUAGUCCGGAGUACAAGGAACUGGAAAAGAAAAACCAGAGGAUAGUCGACAAUAGUCAUCAGACUGGGAACCUGACUGAAGCCAUCUCUUACUUCGACCAAACGACUACACUGCUGGACAAACUCCGAGCUGUACAGAAACAACUACGAGGUUAUAUCAGGGACGGAGUAACAGAGAGUCUUCGGGAAGCCCGGCGCAGCGAAGCAGUGUGUGCUGGCAUUCUGGUGCUGGUGUGUGUGGUGUCACCCAUCAUCAUUGCUCUCGUCCGGACUGCAGUCAAUACUAUUCAGGUCUACGCCACAAACUUGGCUGAGAAGGCACGAGAACUUGAAUAUGAGAAGGAGCUCAGCGAUUCCCUCCUCUAUGAGAUGCUGCCCGCCACUGUCGCCAAACAGCUGAAGCAAACCCAGCAGGUCCCCGCGGAGUACUUCGCGUCGGUGACUGUCUACUUCAGCGAUAUAGUCGGGUUCACUGCCAUUGCUGCCGUGUCUACUCCUUACCAAGUUAUCAGUUUCCUGAACUCCGUUUACAAACUGUUCGACGAUCGUAUCGAGUGCUACGAUGUUUACAAAAUCGAAACCAUCGGUGAUUCGUACAUGGUGGCCUCUGGAUUGCCCGUAAGAAAUGGCAACAAACAUGCCACAGAAAUAGCAAGUAUGGCGCUUGAACUCUUAGCUGCAACGGCACACUGCAGGUUGCCGCACCGUCCCGAUCAGACGUUAUGCAUGAGAAGCGGCAUCCACACUGGGCCUUGCGUAGCCGGCAUCGUUGGGAGCAAGAUGCCGAGGUACUGCCUCUUUGGAGACACCAUCAACACGGCUAGUCGCAUGGAAAGUACUAGCGAGCCAAUGAAGAUUCAAAUAUCUGACGACGUCAAGAGAGCUCUGGAUCGGAACGGCAGGUUCAUCACUUCCCCUCGAGGAGUAGUUGAUGUCAAGGGUAAGGGUGAGAUGGUGACGCAUUGGCUGGAGGGUCGUUCGGGCCCGUCGCCCGUCCGUCUUUCCUCUAGCAUCGACUGCAGCGGCACCGCUCCUAGUUUUCUCGCGCGUAUCCAUUCGCAGCGCGGGCGGGAGAAUAGACCACAUUAA